AUUAUAAAAACAAUAGUAAUCUCAAGAACAUCAAUAAGAAUAAUAUUCACACAAAUAAAACACCCUAUAGCCAUAGGAAUAAUCACAAUAAUACAAACCAUCUUAACAUGCACAAUUAGAGGAAUAAUAAACCAAAAAUUCUGAUUCCCAUAUAUUUUAUUCCUAGUAUUCCUAGGAGGAAUACUAGUACUAUUCAUCUACAUAACAAGACUAGCAUCAAAUGAAAUAAUAUUUUUAUCAAUAAAACUAUCAGCAGCAACAGCAAUCAUGACAGCAAUAAUAUUCAUAAUAAGAAUAGAGGAAUCAUACACAUGAACAUAUGAACAUAAAUUAAGAGCAAACGAAAAAACAAACUUAAUAUUAGAAAAAUUCUAUAACCUACCUACAGGAUCAACAACACUUAUAUUAGCCCUAUAUCUACUAUUAACACUAAUUGUAGUUGCAAAAAUCACAAAUAUUUCAGAAGGACCAUUACGAAAAUCAAAAUAA